AUGGCUCAGCCUGCACGCCCAAUCGACGACGAUGUCCAAAUACACCAACAUCUCGAUAACAUCCUCGAGCCCGCGUCCAACACUAUACAACACUUUGGCUUCUUGGUUGCACUCAUCGUGAACGAGGAUAAUGCCAGCCGUCUCGUGGUCAACUGCGCGAGCGACAAUUCGGCCACAUUUACAGGUUAUUCCCCGGAUGACCUGUUCGGACUCGAAGACUUUGGCAGCAUCUUGGAGCGAGACGAUGUGAGAACCUUGAUGGCUCGGCUUGGUUUGCUCAGAGAAGAGAAAUCCGAUGUAGGAGCUACAUGUGGCCGUGCUGUUUUCAACCUGUCGAUUAUCCCCAAACAUGGCGAAGCUACAAGAUUUUGGUGCUCCAUGCACCUUACUAGGGACUCUCCAGGCCCCGAAACGAUCGUUUGCGAAUUCGAGCCACACGAGGAUGGCUCUGCCACCCCAGUGGGUCAACGAAGUUACACGAGAGACGUUGUGACGAAAACCCCUCGAAUGUCUAGGAGAGUUGGAAAAGAUGGUGUGGGGUUGAGCACUAUGCAGGCGAUUGGGAUUAUGUCAGAUAUACAGGUAUGCUUCGCCGCUAUAGCAGGUCUAGCGGCGGUCCCCGACACCAUCGUGGCUACAGUGGAAGAGGUCACGGGGUUCGACAGAGUCGUUUUGUAUCGCAUCGACGAGUUCAUGGCUAUAACGAUACUCGACACCUCCGACAGGGAAUGGCGGGGCUCGCAGCGAUGCAUACACUUCACGAAGCCCUCCCGCGCCGGCAACGUUAACCAUCAGUCGCCUUUCCCGAGUCACCUCAGGAUUCUACACGAUAGCGAUGCUAGUCCUGCGAGACUCGUCUGGAAACGUGCGGGAUCCCAUCAGCACGGAUCUAUCCACCUGGACCGAUCCUACCUCAACAGAGCUUCGCCAACUUUCUUUGAAGAGCUCGCGGCCGAGGACUACAAAGCUCGCUCUUUCUUGACCAUUCCAAUCAACGCCUUUGGUAAGCGAUGGGGGCUGGUAGUCUGCUACGGGUAUAGUCCCGAAGGAACACCACUACCCAUUUCCAAACGCCAAAUGUGCGAGUUCAUCGGCAGUACAUCUGGGGUCGCGAUCGAAAGACUGUCAUACGCUUCUAUGCUGGGUCAUGUUGAAUCGUCACAAGCUCGACGCGAUUCGAUCCGAUAUCCCACCGAGAGCACCGCAGCGUCACAGGACCUCUUGCGCCUCUUUGGCGCCGAUUUUGCGUUGACGUCUACCAGAGGAGAGAUUGGCAGACUUGGAGAGCCUAGCAAAGAGUUGUACCAAGAGGCAACGGCGAUUGUGCGGUGUAUCCAACCAUACCGAAGUGAAUCUGUCAUCAUUUCGACAGACGUGGCGGCUGAACUGCCUGAUGUGGAGAUCGCUGCAAGUGCUCGUACCAUAUCCGGGUUGCUCUGGGCGCCGCUGUCCACAUCUAGUGGUGACUUUGUUGUCUUUUUCCGACUCAAGCAACCUACGUCACCCGUUGCGCGCGAUGGCGCAUCAUCACUUCUUGAGAGUGACCCUCAAUCUGCUACCCAGUCAGCCCUUCAAUGGUCUGACAGGCAAGUACGCAUGGCCACUGCUCUCGGCUCACUUGGCCGCCAGCUACCACUCUCACAACUGCCCAAGGAGAGUACCUCCGUGACUAUUCAGUCAGUGCUCUCGCUCGCUAGAAUCGAGCCUCAUGUGUACAGUGCCGUGGGCUCCAUAGUUGAGAGUCUCGAUGAUACGUUGCAGAAUCUCGGAGAACAACAUGCUGCGUACAACAAUGUCAAUCAAGCGUACUUCUCAUCUAGAGCGCUUGAGUACUUGCUCAACGAUCUUCGUUGCUAG